CGAUUUGGAGAUCAUUGGAACACCCACGACAGCUGGGUUUGGGUAGUAAUCACAGACUGCACAUUACAUGUUUCGGAGUCUGGCGUUCAUAACUUGACAGUUCUCAGUGGAUAGCGAGAGCUGGGUCCUGCGUCCGUUUGCUUUGAUUGUGUUUGGGGUUUUUUGUAAAGAGCUCGCAUUGUGUUUAUGUGUGGAAGGUAGAGAGUGUGUAGUUCGCCUCACUUCGUGGUAACUUGGACAUUCUGGACUUGGGGAUGAUGAGGGGUGGCAUGCAAUGGGGCUUCGCAGCGGUGGUAGUGGGGUUGGUGUAUCUCUUUCAUGCUGCGGUGUUUGCCGAAGCAAACAUAGGGAUUAAUUAUGGGCGUGUGGCCGACAACCUCCCCCGCCCCAAGGACGUUGCGAAACUAGUCCAGAGCAUUGGAGUCAAACACAUCAAAAUAUUCGACUACGAAAAGGAGAUAAUUCGAGCUUUCGACCACACGGGCAUUAGCUUGAUCGUAUGCGUCCCAAACCAGGAGAUCAUCGGCUUCGCACAGAGCGAGAAAGCUGCCCGGACAUGGGUUCACAACCACAUCAGGAAGCGCGUACUCAGAGGCGCAAAGAUCACAUACAUUGUUGUCGGGAAUGAGAUUCUAUCCGGCAUCCCGGAGAUAUGGCCUGCGCUGGUGCCCGCGAUGUGGCAAAUCCACUCGGGGCUCGUGUAUUAUGGCUUGGACCACCUGAUCAAAGUCUCCACACCGCACUCUAUGGGCGUCAUGGGGGCAUCCUAUCCCCCGUCAGCGGGCGUCUUCGCCGAGAACAUCCGCACCUCCAUAAUGGAACCAAUGCUGCGGUUCCUGAAACUCACGGGAUCCACGCUUAUGAUGAACAUUUACCCCUACUUCCCUUACCGCGACGACCCAGUGAACAUCUCCCCCGGCUACGCGUUGUUCCUGAACAACGCCACCGGCGUCGACGACCCCAACACGGGGCUCCACUACUCAAACUUGUUCGAUGCAAUGCUAGAUUCGUCGAUUUUCGCCAUGAAGAAUCUAGGUUACCAUGAUAUUCCGGUGAUAGUAACGGAGACAGGAUGGCCAAGCAUAGGUGAGGAGUGGGAGAAAGCAGCGGGGCUGGAAAAUGCAAAGACGUUCAACAACAACCUUCUGAAACACGUGAAGAGCGGAAAAGGAACGCCGGCGCGGCCUGACACCACAAUCCAGAUCUUCAUAUUCGCUUUGUUCAAUGAGUAUCAGAAGCCGGGACCACUCUCAGAGCGCAACUUCGGCUUGUUUUAUCCCAAUGAAACCAAGGUGUAUGACAUCAGCUUCACGUAGUGUUCGGCCGGCGCUCUUCAGCUGCAAGCUCUACACACUUCACAUGCUAUUGCAAUCGAUUAGGUCUAGGAUUGUAGGCUCACCAAGCCUCCUUCCUGUGAACCUUUUUGGCUGACCAUGAAAAAGAAAAAAAGAACACACACACACACACACACACACACUUGUUUCAAUCAGAAACAACUAGAUUAUUGCUCGAUUUACUGUAGGAAUUCAAGCUCUGCGUUGUGAAGAAUUGUUACAAUCACUUGCAGACAUGGGUUCAUCAUUACCGUGAAAAAGGCCGACUGGGUACAGUCCUCCACGAUCCUUCAGCUACUUGAUGUCACCUGUCUACUUUCAGUGUGUGACACAUGCAACUUGAGUCCAUGGCCUUCACAUUCUGUGGGGUUUUGCACUUGGGUCUGAUGCCUCUUGUUCCACGAAAUAGCAAUACAUGACUCCCUGGAAUCACACUGGAAUUGUACGUAUACCAAAUUUCUUCAGCAGUCUUGCCUCUCUCUGCUGACAGGUCAUUCAUCAAUAGUAUCAUUCUUGCUUUCAGUAUGUGAGUUGUUGGUGUGUAUGACCAGCAUGCACUAUCGUGAACUGUCUGAUAACUGAAGAUGAGCUUGGCCCCAUGUUGCACCCUCAGGCACACAUCCAGUGCAUCCAAUGUAAGGCAGCAGCAAUUAGGAAAUAAAGUCCACAUGGAACUAGUAUUUUAUCUUUU